AUGGCAGCCUGCGCAAAAGCUUUUAAAAUCACUGAAAAUGAAUCCAUGACUUUAUCUGAUGUUCUCAAAGGGUUAGCGGCUGCCCAAACAAAAACGGAAAAUGAUGAAAAGCCUCUUAGCGAAAUAUUAAAAGAUAUGCUUUCUGCAUUAAAGCAGGCUCUGGCUCUUUCCACCCAAAAUCAAUCAAGACUCAAAACUCUGAAAGCUAAAGUUAUUCGUGAAGAUCCUGAUAAUUUGGAACUUUUAGAUGGUCUUGACCACAAGAUUGAGGCUGAGAAGGAAAAAAUCAAUAUAUACCAAGAAAAAAUCAAGUUUAUUGAGUCAGAACAUAAGAGACUAUUUCUCAAUGAAAUUUUUAAAAGAAGCGAUGGAGAAGUUGAGGAAAUGAAGGUGGCUAGUCCAAACUCUAGUCCUCGUCUUCAACUCAAAGAAGACAUUGAGAAAUUGAAGCGAAAUGUAAUUGACUGCCCCAAGUGCCUUUAA